AUGGCCCAGGCACGAGACGUGCUCAAUCACUACAAUAUAACCAACCCUUUCCCCACAGAAUGGCCGAAGGAGCUAGACAGCGAUGACGAGGACGCGGAUGUCGCCGGCGUCAGGCGGUCCCGCUCCCGUUACUCAGCCUUGGAGAGGACCGCCAGUGAGAGGAAGAGUCUUCUUCCUGGAUCCCAGAGGACGGUCGAGGGAAGAGCAAAUCUGGUCCAGAAAGAUGAACUAGAUCCGUUGGGUGCUCCUUCAAGCGUCGUGACCACGUUGACGAACCUGGGCCACUUGGUGGAAAAUGAUGCCCGGACCAGAAACAAAUUCAUGCUCUCCUCGACCACGUUCUCUCCCGAGUUAUUUCUGGCAACAACUCAUUCCAAUGAUACCACAGAAGACCUAGUACAAGGCUCCAGGUAUCUGGCCAAAUCCAUUGAGCAGCAGUCGGCUCCCCUCAAGGCAUUGGUGGAGACCAACUUCGAGCGCUUCGUCCGAGCCAAAGCCACGAUUGACAAUGUCUAUACGGAAAUGCGGAACCAGGGAAUUGAUUCACACGCUCACACUCCUCCGUCUCCCCGUCACUCUCGUCGCGUCAGUGGCAUCCACUUUCGGAACGUGAGCGGUGGCAGUGCCACUGGAAUGGCAUCCUCUCAACGUCCGAGCAAAAAUGCACUACGCAAAGAGACGGACUAUGGCGUGCAAGGGAUGAAAGUCUCGCUUGCAGAGGUUAGUCAAAAGGCCGAGGACGUCUGGGGACCAGCAUUGGGAGGAAAGGAGCGGGAAGCGAAACUAAAAGUCGUUUUGAAUGCGUUGGAGAAAGACAAGGCCAUCUUUGAGCUGGGAUCGAAUCUGAGCGAAGCUAUAAACCAGAGGGAUUAUGAUCGGAUUGUAGAGUUAUACCAUUCUGCUCGUCGGUAUGCCGCCGACGCCCAAGCCCUGGGCGAGGAGGUGAAGCAAACUGGUCGCGGUCUCUCCGAUGAUGAGGUCUAUCGGGUCGUCAUCGUCGGGAAAAUGUGGUCUAACGUGGAUGAACAAAUCAAGGCCCUGAAACGGGACAUUUGGCGCAGACUUUCCAGCAAUCCGGCCGCUUUACCGUUCCCGGGGAUCUCCCAGUCAGAGGAGCACAUGGAGCUCAUCACGGUUCUAUUACAGCUGGGUGUGGAAGAGAGCCCCAUCUGGGUGUAUCUUCUGAGCAGGUACGACUUCUUGAAGAACAAGAUUGCUGCGGUUGUGGAGAGAUCCAAGAUUGAAAUAGAGAUCUUACGCCGCCGUCUGGCAGCCGGAGACCGUCGAUCCUCUGAGACUGUUGCAAUCUUCUUACGGCAAGCCUCCAAAGAGCGGCCUGAAGUUCUUGACACCGAGGAUGUCAUCGAUUUCUGGAACUGCAUCCUGACCUAUUUCACGAAGCUGCUAUCCUUGUCGAGCGGACUACUGGGGGAGGUUGUCGACUUUUGGGAAACAGCCCAGUCGUUUAUCGAUGGCAACAAACAGAAGAACUUACCAACUGGCUUUGAUGGUGAGAGCGCCAAACACCUCCAGAUGUCAGAAUCGGAGGCCAGCGGGUUGCGGAGCGGUAUUACCGAACUGGUCAGCCAGCUUAGGGAUGCUGUAUUUUCUCUUUUUGCCGAUCCGCCCGCUGAAGACAUCUCGUCGCUGUUCUCGCCAGCACCAGGAUCCGCUGGUACACCUACUACCCCUCACAUGGGGUCUGCGUUUUCGCCUACCGAUGGGCGAAUAGGUAAACUCGAUCCCAACGACUUCCCUGCAGCAGCAGCCAAGAAAGGCGAGCCAUGGGAGGAUUAUGCGUUCUGGCCACCUCACUCUAACGCGCUGAGCGCUGUACACUAUCUUCAGAAAAUUCUCGCUCUCGUGGGAGUCGGUGCCAGUGAAAUGGUGGCUCUGGGCCCCGUAAGCAACAACAACGCAAUGUAUGAAAAAAUCAAGACCAUGAUCGCUGGAGCCCGGGAACGGUGUAUGAGAGCUGUCUGCGAAGCCUGGAGCAAAGAUGCCGAAAGCUGCAAGUCAAUGGAGGACUGGGUGCGGUCGCCCGAAAAACGCGAUCAAACUCGCAUGCCGACGUAUAUUGAAGCCUUUGAGAGGAAAGUGUUGCAGGGGAUGCAACAAGUGUUAUAUCUGCCCGAUACGACCACCAAGCCAAGAGGUCGCGACAUUAUCACGCCCCCGUCCUCAAAGCUAUUGCAAAUGGUCCGUACUCAGUUCGUCAGCAGUAUUUACAAAGCAAUCAGUGGCAUGCUGGAAAACACGGAGGCUUCGAACCAAGGAGAUGAGGAUGACUGGGUCUUGGUGACGAGCCUCAGCUCAAUUGCCGUCGGUGCAGGCCCAAGUGAAACACUGAUACACGAUGCCGUGAACGCUUCAAGCCGUAAUGUGCGUAUGCUGUUGACCAUGUCGAACCUCAAAGCCUUGCGGAACGAGUAUAUCCCCGCGCUCAUUCAACUGUUUGAAUCUUCAUUCUCGGUGAAGCUGGCGGAAGAGUCCAAGACCAUCAAAGACGUCUUCGGUCAAAUUGACGCGAAAUUGUUCCACGCAUACACCCGACCCAUGGUUACGAAUUUGACUCAAAUCGUCAAAGACGGCAUCAACUCUCCAAGUUGGAUACCUACCACUCCGAAACCGGAUCAAGUCAGACCUUACGUCUAUGCCGCGUUAAUGAGGCUUGUGAUGGUCCAUACGGAAGUGUCCACGACGGUCCCCACCGCGACAGGCUCGAACAGCCCUCUGCUGGGCGAGAUCUUGUCCUAUAUGCUCGAAAACAUCUCGCAAGCCCUGCUUGACGGGUUCAAAGAGCGCAAGCCGAACACCUACAGCCUUCCCGCACUGAUGCAAGCGACCCUGGACACCGAGUUCAUUGCACAGACCAUGGCGCAUUACGCGACACCCAAGGCCGGGGAGAUCCAAGGCCAGAUAUACACCGAGUUGGACAAGCGGACGACGAACGAGGCCAGGACGAGGUUGCAGCAGGAACUGGGCGACAUGCGGAUUGUGUUGAAGAAACUCAGGGAAGGCAGUCGCAAUAGCUUCGGCUGUUUCAAAAAACAGAGGAGCAAUGAUAAAGACAAAGGACGACAACAGCAGGUAACAGCGGCAGCUUAG